AUGGCCUUAGGCGAGGAAGACCCCGAGAUAUUUGAAGAAGAUAGCCAGACCCCUCCGACCGUCGUCACCGAUUGGAGCGUAGAUGCUUUAGAAGCUGCCUUAAAAGGGGGAGAUCCCGAUACCCUUUUUACCACUAUCGGCAGUUUGAUCGGAAAAGCCAUGAUCAGUUCCGAACGGGAUGUCCUGGCAGAUAUUUUGGAGGCAGAACAGGAAUUGGAUGCCCCCUGGAUAGAUAUUGUUGAGGUGCAACCGGAGCAAAGACCAACGACUCACAAGCCUUACGCUGAACCGGAGCCUGUGGCUGAUGUGACGAAACAGCAACGGGACAACGCCUUAGCCCAACCUAUCUCUGAACUUAUACUCUCUACCCGAGCCUACAACUGUCUUAAAAAUGAAAAUAUCAAAACCGUCCGAGAACUCGUCAGAAAAAUGGAAUGGGAACUGCUGGAAUACCAGAAUUUCGGAGAGAGAUCGCUCCUCGAAGUCCAAAACCGACUCGCUGUCAGAGGUCUCUACCUGGGAAUGGAUAUGGAUGACGAGGACAUCUACUCGGAAGACACGGAAUAA